AUGCCUUCCAACAAAACAACAUUCUUUUUUUGCCGUGGGAACAAAACAUGCCACCGGGCGUUUGGUGCACAGUUCGAACGGCAGAAUGACGUCGAACGAAACGGAAAGUUCGAGCGGGCGACGAAAACGCUCCGGCCCAGGGCAGUGUACCCCGAGUUACUACAGCUUGAGUUAAGAUAUAGAGUCCUGGUCGGUGUACCCCGAGUUACUCCACCUCGAGUUACACUCCGGGUGUGUGUAGUUGAUAUCUGCGGCCCGAACAGACGCAGGGCAGGCGGAGUGCGGCAAUGGCCGUGGUCGGGGCGGGGAGUCCCCCUAGGCGCGCGGGACUCAGGAGCCGCGUCCUGGGGGGGGCCGCCGCGGGAAGUGGCGAACGGCGUCGAGGGGGAGGAAGACGGGGAGGCGAUCCACGUGCGGUGGAGGGGACUGCGCGAGGAGACGGAGCGUGAGACGUCGGCAGCGUUGCGCUCGGAGCCGGUGGUGGUUCCGGAUCGGAUCGGGUGGUCGCACUCGGAGCGGGAGUUGCGGAGAGACGAGACGACGGAGCUCACGCGCGAGACGGAGCUGGAUCGCGAUGGAAAGUUGGAGCGCGAGGCGGAGCUGGAGUCGGAGACAGAGCUGGAGUGGGAGACGGAGCUGGAAUGGGAGACGGCGCUGGAACGCGAGACGGAGCGCGAGACGGAGCUGGAACGCGAGACGGAGCGCGACCUUGAGACGGAGCUAAAGCGUGAGACGGAGCGCGAGACUGAGCUCGAGACGGAGCUAAAGCUCGAGACGGAGCUGGAACGCGAGACGGAGCGCGAGCUGGGGCGCGAGACGGAGCUAAAGCUCGAGACGGAGCGCGAGCUGGGGCGCGAGACGGAGCUAAAGCGUGAGACGGUGCCCGAGACGGAGCUGGGGCGCGAGACGGAGCUGGGGCUGGGGCGCGAGACGGAGCUGGGGCGCGAGACGGAGCUAAAGCGUGAGACGGAGCUGGGACGCGAGACGGAGCUAAAGCGUGAGACGGAGCUGGGGCGCGAGAGUGAGCUGGGGCGUGAGACGGAGCUAAAGCGUGAGACGGAGCUAAAGCGCGAGACGGAGCGCGAGACGGAGCUGGAGCGCGAGACGGAGCGCGAGAUCGAGAGGGAGUUUCGCGAGGCGUCGCACGCGCUGGAGCGGGAGCUCGAGCGGGAGCUGUGCCGCACCGAGGAGAGGGCGCGGAGCCUGGAGCGCGACCUGCGGGACACGCGGGCGCGCGCCUCGCGGGAGCGUGCCGAGUGGAGCGCGCGCGUCUCCCACGUGGAGAGCGCGCUGCGGGAGGCGGGCGAGACGCGGGAGGCCGAGCGGGGCCUCGUGCGCCUCCUCGAGCAGCGCAACGACGACCUGGAGCGCGCGCUCAGGGUGGCGCUGUCGUCCCUGGAGGAAGCCGAGCGGCAGCUGAACGCGACACUCGAAGGGAAGGCGCUGCUCGAGGCCGAGCUGGAGGAACGCGACCUCCUGCGCGUCGAGACGCAGCGACUACGGGAGGAGGCGCGCGACCUGCGCCAGGAGCUGUCCGUCGUGCAGAAGCAGAGCCUGGCCCGGACGCCGCCGCCACCGCCGCCGCUAUGCCCCACGGCGCUCAGAGCCCCACCGAGGGGCACCCAUCCCUCCUGCGUGUCCCCCCUCCUGCAGAUGAACGCCACAAGCCGGGGGCGGGCACCCACCACGGUCUCCACCUGGGCACUGCCUGCGCCGCCGCCCCGCUCGCCAUCCAGGUUCACGCGGGGUCAUGACCCCGUGACCUGGACUCGGUGGCCUCCCGUCGCCUCCCCCUUCACGCACCCGUGGCCCCCGCAGCAAUACCACAGAGAGUGGGAGUCCCGCGCGGCACUGCGACUGCAUCUGCUCACGCUGAGAGGCACCUUGGCUCCGUCCAGAUUCCUGCAGCUGAGUCGCAUCUCGCGCUCCUGAGCCCCAAGGAGCCCCAAGGAGCCCCAAGGAUCAGUCCUUGGUGCCCCAAGUGGCUCAAAGUUCAGGUUACACGGUGGGGGAGUAGGAAAGCGAAUGGUCAACUCGAAUGAUCUAAUACAGACAAGGAGCCAAUUGACGCGAAACUAAAACAACAAAUUUAUCUCUCUCGUCGCUUAUCUUCGGAUGCGCUUCCGCGGCCGUCUGGAACGCUCUUCCUUCAGAUAUUACGAAGCCACUGGAGCUAUGCACUUUCAAAUCAUCACCCAGAUUGACAAACCCAUUUACUUUAGAACUCCUUCUUGUGUUUAGCUUGUUGUUACUUCCCCCGCACCUCUGGUUAGCGCGGUUGGCUACGUACGGUACGAAAGAAGUUCAACGCAGGUACAUGUUUGCCUGCAGCUCUGUUCUCUCGUCUAACGCUACCAAUGUAUCUGUCGUCUUCCCUCUCAUCUCACUGCGUCUCCGUCUCUGCAUCUCGCAGCUAAUUCCACCUCUUGCCCCCUUGUCCACAUUUGCACAACGCGUCCUGCCCCAGAGGGCCUCAGGUCAGCGAGAACUCGACUUGGAGGGGGUGGAAAACAACCCCCUUAAGGUAAAACCAAGAAACUGAGGCUCAGAAACUAAGAAGAAGUCUGAAACCCAAGAAACUGAGGCUCAGAAACCGAAGAAACAAAAAAUAAGAAACCCAAGAAAGUGAGGAUUAGAAACCCAAUAAAUUAAAAACAGAAGCCCAAGUAACCGAAAAUAGAAACCCAAGAAACCGGGACAUCGACACCAAAGAAACCCGAGGCAACGGUGUCUUGGGUAUCCUCUUGAGCGCGUGCUUGGCCUACUCUUCCACGCUGGGCACAGACCCCCCCCCCCCCCCCGUGUCCACCUGUUACAGGCUGCUGGGCCGCUUCGAUUCCAGCUCGAGGACGAGAAGCUUUGCUCGUUAUUUGGGGCUGCUCGCGAUGAUGCUUGUUAGGGGCCAUCCAUUUAGUACGUGGAGGGGGGGGGGGGUCUACUGACAAUGUGGGUACGCAUAGGAAACGGGGAUGGGGUGGGGGUGAAGCUUCGAUAAUAAUUAAUUUAUUAAUUUGUCUACAUUGGCCUUCAAAUGAGUUCAAACUUAAUUUGGAGCUUUCGUGACUGCAGGAAUUAUUCUUUGGUUCUUUCGGUAAAGUGACGUAUAAAGAGAAAAUAAUCAAUUAAAUACGAGCAUACGACGUUUCGAUUGCAACACAAGCAAUCAUCAUCAGGUAUAAAUGAAAUAGAAACACGAAUUUAGUAUACUUAGAAAUGUAAUGUAAUACAAUAGAGAGUCGGAUAACAUAACAGUCAACGCCCUACCUGGUUGAUUACGUUCUUCCUGAGAAUGCUAAAUUUGAGAGAGAGAUAAAACACAGAACCAGAGACAUAUAGACAGACACAUAAGCAGACAUAUAUCAGAGAUACAUAGAGAACAAACAUAGGUCGGGGACUAUCUGUUUGCUUAAACACGUGAUUAUUAUUAAUCCCUGAUCGCUUCUGCGUGGAUUCAAUAUCGGCCGUUCUAUAGGAUUCGGGGGGAGGGGGUGCGUCAAAUCGAACGUACGCAGGUGGGGGGAGUGGGGGGCUCAAGUUUUGACAGAUUUUUGCGUCCCCACUAAAUGGAUGGCCCCUAAACCCAUCGUGCGGAUGGCGAGACAUUGAAGUGACUUAAAAAGAGUUCGCUUUGUUGUGAUCAAUAUCCCUCGGGGCACGGCGUCUGUGGAACUGCUCACUGCCGGAGCCUCGAAUGUUACCUCUUUUCUCUUGUGGCGAUGUUGCUGAUGAUGAUGAUGGUGGCAAUGAUGGCAAUGAUGCGAUAAUAAAUGGCGUGAAUUUUUGCGAAUACCGCGAUAUCGGAUUCCGUCAUUGGUGUUUGGCCCGAUACACAUCAGGAUCGAUGUACUCGCGGAACUUUCGCCGUCGUCGAUUAUUCGGCUGCAGUUCACUGAACACGCGAGGCUGCUUGCUGCCUUUGGGGCCGUCCAUAAAUGACGUCACGCGAUUUUGGGCGAUUUUUGACCCCUCCCCCCCCUCGUCACACGGCGUCACAAAAAGUCAGACCCCCCCUCAAAUAUGACGUCACAAAACUCUGCCCCUCAAAAAAAUAAAACAUGCUUCAAAUCGCUUUAAACUAUUGUCAUUGUAGUGCGUAUUGAAUGUGGCGCUGCACUCUGAUGUUGUAGGAGAAAACAUU